UGUUAAAAUUUUCGAAAGGCAUUUUUAAUAUAAAUAAGUGAUUUAAUAAAAAUACAUCAGGAAGCUAAAAUUUAAUAUAUUUAAUAAAUAAAACAAUUCAGUUAUAAUUUUCAAAUAUAAUUAAAGUAAAAUUAUGACAGAUCAAAAUAUCGAAGAACUCGGACCAUCGGAUUUAGGUACACUUGAUUAUUGGGAAAGGAUUUACUCGGAAGAACUUGAUAAUUUUAGGGAAUACGGAGAUAUAGGCGAAAUAUGGUUUGGUAAAAGUAAUACACUAAAAGUCAUACGUUGGAUUAACACGGAAUUAAAACUUAAUAAAAAUGAUAAAAUAAUUGACAUAGGAUGUGGAAAUGGAAUGACAUUAAUUGAACUUGCAAAACAAGGUUUUGAAAAAUUGAUGGGUAUAGAUUAUUCGCAAAAAGCAGUUGAUUUAGCUCGUGAAGUAUCGAAAGAAAAUAAUGUGUCACACAUUGAGUUAAAGGUUUGCGAUAUUUUAAAUUCUCAAGAUUUGAAUUUACCGACAGACUUUAAAUUAAUACACGAUAAAGGAACUUAUGAUGCCAUCAGUUUAAAUCCGGAAGAUCCAGCGUCGAAACGACAAAAAUACAUAGAAAAUGUAUACAAAAUUUUAUUGCCCUCUGGUUACUUAGUUUUAACUUCGUGUAAUUGGACUAAAGAAGAAAUACAAAAACAUUUUCAAGAUUAUUUUGAUAUCUUACACGUGCUUCCCGCAGAUACAUUUAUUUUUGCUGGACAAAGUGGAAACACUGUAACGCAAUUAGUUCUACAAAAGAAAUAAUAAAAGAUUCGAUUAAUAAAAUAUAUGUAUGAAGUUUUCUAUUUAUUUUCCUUUUAAUAAUUGACUUGCAUAAUCUAUAAUUAAUAUUAAGAAAUGUAUAUAAUAUAUAAUAACUAUAUAGUACAUGUAUUUAGAAUACAGAAAAGUUUAUUCGUGCAUAAUAUAUUUGUAUAUAUUAAUAAUACGUUUACAUACAGUAUAAUUCAAAAAUAAAAAUAAGUUAAUUUACAAAUAUUAUAAAAUACUAUGCAUUAUAAUCGAAAUAAAUGUUGUUGUUAAAUCGUAUUUUAAAAAAAUUCUCAUUAACAUAAAUUAUUAUUAUAGUUUAUUUCAUAUAAUAAUUGUUGAUAUUUAAGGCAUUUAUUGGCAUGUUCAAACUUUAUAUAUAUAUAUAUAUAUGUAUUGUAUAUCUAGUUACACUAUGCUAUAUAUGUAUAUAUUUGUUAAACGAAUAGAUUAUUUUAUAAAGCUUGCCAAAUUAAAAAUUCAUAAUCGUACAUGUUUUAUUCUACUCGAUAAAACUGUGAUGUAAUAGUAUCGAAAUCGAAAUAAUAUUAAAAUUUCACAUAUAUUUUAUAAUUUCAAGAGUUAGAAAUAUUGAUAAACAAAAGAAGAGAAAAUUAAAAAGAAAAAAAUAAUUGACAACUAUGAUAUAAUUAUAUCAUAGAAACAUUAUAAAAGUUUCUAAUAUGAUUUCCAGUUCAAAUGAAAUUGUAUUAAAGAAUUAUAA